CCCAGACUCUAGAGCUAGGUAUUUGCGCCCUGUUCUUUGAAUCGGAGCCAGAGUUGGCUUUUCUGAUCACCCCUCAGGUCCUUUCUGCAGAUUGAAAGCAUUCUCCGUUGAAUAUCUCCAUCGCGCAUGCUUGCGAGGAUACUAAGCGGGGAUAGUGGCAGCUGAGAGCAAGGGGUUUUCAGAGAUUGGUCAUGGCUGGCAAGUCGCUGCUGCUGAAGUCAUUUGGACAGCAAUUAUAGGCCUGAUCCUAGCCGCCUGCAUUGAUGGAGGCUAGCGGGGUCCAAAGAGGGCCCCCAGCCGGCUGGCUGCAGAGCUUCCUAGCCUCGGCAUCUCGAGUGAAGGUUUAUGGUGCAUCGGAUGCUCGCGAGCUUGCCCCUACCGAUGAAAGCCUGCCAGUGCUGGCCAGGGGAAACAGCGUGUCAAGUUCAAGGUCAAGCACUGGGGAAGAGCAGGCAAUCGCAGUCGACUCUCUCGCCACUCCCCGUCCAUCUUCCAAAGACUCCCUUACACGAAGACUUGGCCCAUGGGACCUCACCUUACUAGGCAUCGGCGCGUCUAUUGGGUCGGGGAUCUUUGUCGUGACGGGCGUUGCCGCUCGGCAGGCUGGCCCAGCUGUGGCCCUCAGUUUCCUGCUCGCUGGGCUCGCCUCCGCCCUCGAUGCGCUGUGCUAUGCUGAGCUGGCGGCUCGCUUCCCUGCCCUCGGCUCCGCUUACCUGUACACCUACCUCACGUUCAGCGAGCUCCCCGCCUUCCUCGUCUUCUCACACCUCAUGUUCGACUACCACAUCAGUGCCGCAAGCAUCGCACGAAGUCUGGCGGGCUACACCGUAAAGCUCCUGGUGCGGAUUCUGCCCUUCACGGCGCCGUACAUCCCGCAGUGGCUGGCCGGCGGGGGGCUGUCGCUGCUGGGGGGCCUGCUCUCGGUCAACUUCCUUGCGCCGCUCAUCUUGUUAGCUCUCACCCUGCUCCUCUGUCAGGGCGUCAAGGAGUCGUCCACAAUCAACGCCGUCAUGACGUGUACCAAGGUAGCCAUCGUGCUAUUGGUUGUGGCGGUGGGUACCUCCGAGGUGGACCCCGCGAACUGGGUACCGUUCGCGCCGUCCGGCCUACCCGCUGUCGUCAGCACGUCGACGCUUGUUUUCUUUGCGUACGUGGGCUUCGACGCGGUGGCCAACACGGCAGAGGAGAGCAAGAACCCGCAGCGUGACCUCCCAGUGGGCAUCAUCGGCAGCCUGGCCGUGUGCACGCUGCUCUACGUCUCGGUCUGCCUGGUCCUUACGGGGAUGGUUCCGUACACACAACUCGACCCCGAGUCCCCGCUCUCCUCCGCGUUUUCCGCUAAGGGUCUCGCCUUCAUCGAGGGGAUCAUCGACCUAGGCGCGGUAGUCGGCUUGACGACGACCCUGCUAGUGGGGCUGUAUGCACAGUCCCGGCUGUAUAUGGGCGUCGGAAGGGACGGCCUCCUCCCCGCCCGCUUCUUCGCCCAGGUCAGCCCGUUGCACCACACCCCGGUGCGCGCGCAGGCCUGGGUCGGCCUCGUCGCGGGCACGCUCGCGCUCUUCUUCGACGUCUCCCGCCUGUCGCACAUCCUCUCGGUGGGCGUCCUCACCGCGUACGGCGUCGUCUGCAUGUGCAUCAUCAGCCUGCGACUGGACCCGGGGCACUGCCCCCGGGGGGGGCGGUUCGCUUUCCCGGCGCUCGACAACCUGACUAGGUGGCAGGAAGGGACGCUGUGCAUGGCCGCGGUCGCGGCGCUCGUGUUCGCGGGCGGGAUCGCCGCACGGCUCGGCGGCGGGUUCGGGGUGUUGGCGCUCUUCCUCGCAGCCGCGGCCGCGGCCGCGCUGCCGCUGAUUCUGAGACAAGGGUACAAGACCCAUGCGGGGUUCUCGUGCCCGCUGGUCCCCGGACUGCCCCUCCUGGGGAUGGCGUUCAACGUGUACCUGCUCGCACAGAUGCAUUGGGAGGCUUACGUAAGGCUGGUGGCUGUAACCAUCCUGUCAAUUUUGCUGUACGCCUUUUAUGGGCAGCACCAUGGCGGAUCCGGUACCAUUUCCACCGCCUAUCAGAAGAUCAAUGGCGGGGACAAUAACCAGGAGAGCUCAUAAAACGUCCUUUGCCGAUCGCUAAAUUCAAUCGAUUGCUAGCACUGGCAUCGUGAUUGCGAGCCUGUCUUACAAGCACGCAUAUGCAAGCGAGCGGAAGGCGCGCCAGGGAGUGGCGCUUGCCGGAAACGGAUGACCACUAAGCCUUUAUAUACGGUGCAAAUACCAAACAAGUAUGCAGAGAUGUUGGACGACUAACACAAGAUCAUUGUUGCUAAACCGACAUGGACAGAGGGUUUCAUUCGCUCGUGAGUCGAAGAAGUUGCACAUGUUUCCUUGCUAACAGCUUGAUAAACGAAAAUUACAGCAAGCUUAGAAAGGACAUGGCCAGUAUCGAUGCGCUGCACACAUGCCAGA